AUGCUUCGUAGUACCGGUAGUUGUUCAUGCAUACUAGCUGAGGCUAAACAAUGGGGUGUUACCCAAGGUCGUUGGCCAAAAAAAUCUGCAGAAUUUCUGCUCCAGCUUUUGAAGAACGCUGAAUCCAAUGCUGAUUACAAAAAUCUUGAUGUCGACAGGCUUGUAAUUGAGCAUAUCCAAGUAAAUAGAGCUCCACGUUUGAGAAGGAGAACUUACAGAGCUCAUGGUAGAAUUAACCCUUACAUGAGUUCACCCUGCCACAUUGAAGUUGUCUUGACUGAAAAGGAACAGGUUGUCGCCAAGGCUACUGAUGAGGAGCCCAUGAAGAAGAAAGUAUUCAAAAAGAAGUUGGCCAGGCAAAAGGAAAAGAUGAUGAGGGAAUAG